GAGAGAGAGACCCGCGUCCCGAUUUCCCUCCAUGAUAGGCCAGGAACCACUUCAGGGCGGCAUUUCAGAUACAAAGUCAAUCUUUCUGAGGACUUGCUCCUACGGGUGCUUGAAAACUUCCUUUGUAACAGCCCAGAAGUUGUAAGCCAAACAUUUUGAGUUCCUUUCCAUCGAAGUUGCUGGCUUGUGUUGACAGAAGUCCCGAUCAUCAUCACCACCACCACCCCAGCUUCUUUUUUGACUGAGUGAACUGUCCUUUGAAGGAUAUAAAAUGUAUCAGAGUUUGGCCCUUGCUCCAAAUCCUGGCCAGUCAGCCUACUCCCAUGAUUCCAGCAAUUUCCUGCACACCCCAACAAGCCCGACCGUUUACGUCCCCACCAGCCGAGUUUCCUCUAUGCUCCAGGGCCUGCCCUACCACCUGCAAAGCUGCGAUCCCACCCACCAAGGGCAUCCUCUGGGCGGCCAUCCUGGGUGGGGCCAACCCACCACCGCUGAGGCUACCCACUUCAACGCUGGCAGCCCUCACCCCCCUUCCAGUUUUGCUUACACCCACAGCCCUCCUGGGGGCAGCACGGCCGGUCGAGAUGGGGGCUACCAAAGUCCACUGUUGCUGAGCGCCGGAGGAGGCCGUGACCAGUAUGGGAACACUCUGAUGCGUACGGUCAAUGGAUCCUACUCCAGCCCGUAUCCCGGGGCUUAUGUGAACCCAGCGGAGAUGACGCCAUCUUGGCCUGCCAACCAUUUUGAGAGCAGUGUCUUCCAUGGUCUCCAGGCGCGACAAGGAGCCCUACCGGGCCGGAGAUCAUAUGAGUUCGUGGAGGAAUUCCCCGGGGACGGCCGCGAGUGUGUGAACUGCGGGGCCAUGUCCACCCCCUUAUGGAGGAAAGAUGGCACAGGGCAUUAUCUCUGCAAUGCCUGUGGCCUCUAUCACAAAAUGAACGGGAUCAACAGACCUCUCAUCAAGCCACAGAAACGACUG